CCGCCGCCCGUCUGACUCCUCUUCAGCCGCUCCCCGGCGCGGUGCCUUUCUGAGGACAAGGGCGAAGCACUCUCCGGCCGGAGUCAGUGCAGCCGCGGCUUCCGAAGCCCGUGGGGCGGCGGACCGGCUCGCGGUGCAGAUUCCUCUUCAUCCUUGGUGAAAACUCUGCAACAGAAGAUGGCUGCAAAUAAGCCAAAGGGUCAGAAUUCUUUGGCCUUACACAAAGUCAUCAUGGUGGGCAGUGGUGGUGUGGGGAAGUCUGCCCUGACUCUACAGUUCAUGUAUGAUGAGUUUGUGGAGGACUAUGAGCCUACCAAAGCAGACAGCUAUCGGAAGAAGGUAGUGCUGGAUGGGGAGGAAGUCCAGAUCGAUAUCUUAGAUACUGCUGGGCAGGAGGACUAUGCUGCAAUUAGAGACAACUACUUCCGAAGUGGGGAGGGUUUCCUCUGUGUCUUCUCUAUUACAGAAAUGGAAUCCUUUGCAGCAACAGCAGACUUCAGGGAGCAGAUUUUAAGAGUAAAAGAAGAUGAGAAUGUUCCAUUCCUGCUGGUUGGUAACAAAUCAGAUUUAGAGGAUAAAAGGCAGGUUUCUGUAGAAGAGGCAAAAAACAGAGCGGACCAAUGGAAUGUGAACUAUGUGGAAACAUCUGCUAAAACGCGAGCUAAUGUUGACAAGGUAUUUUUUGACUUAAUGAGGGAAAUUCGAGCCAGAAAAAUGGAAGACAGCAAAGAAAAGAAUGGAAAAAAGAAGAGGAAAAGUUUAGCCAAGAGAAUCAGAGAAAGAUGCUGCAUUUUAUAAUCGAAGCCCAAACUCCUUUCGUAUCUUGACCAUACUAAUAAAUAUAAUUUAUAAGCAUUGCCAUUGAAGGUUCAAUUGACUGAAAUUACUUAAAGAUUUUGGAAAUUGUUAUGUAUCACUAAAAGCAUGAAUUGGAACUGCGCUGAAAGUCAAACUCACUUAAAAAAGAAAUUAGUGUGGCUUCACCAAGAAGCAAAAGUUCCGCCUAUUUCAUAAUUGCCUCCAUUUAUCACGGUCCCGAAUGUAGCGUGUGAGCUUGAGUUUCGAGGCCAGUCUUUCUUGAACUGUUAAAUAAAGAGGUGAGAUAGGGGUGGCGGAUGGGAGGAAAGGCUAAUUCCUCUGGCUUAUUAUAAAUCUUAAAUUUUAUAUCAUUUUAAAAUGUCUUGGUCUUCUACUGCCUUGAAAAAUGACAAUUGUGAA